AAUUUGAGGCUUGUAAUUAGCGCUUGCUCAACAUAUACAUGAAUAUUUCCCGACGCGUCUGCCAGAUACGCCCGCGACGUGUGAUACUGUCUGGUAUUCAACCAACUGGUAUACCCCAUUUAGGGAACUACCUAGGCGCACUGUCUAAUUGGGUCAAGCUGCAAAAAUCUGCGGAGCCCGAGGACAAACUGCUGUUCUCGAUUGUUGGAUGGCAUGCAUUGACCCUUCCACAAGAUCCUGCUGCCCUACUUGCCGCAAGAAAUGAUAUGCUGGCUGUUCUACUUGCCAUAGGCAUCGACCCUAACCGGUCAAUAUUGUUCCACCAGGACCAUAAUCCUCAUCAUACUGAACUCUCCUGGAUAUUAAGCUGCAUGACACCCAUGGGGAAGCUGCGCCGGAUGACGACAUGGAAGUCAAGAUUAGCUGCGGCACGAAACUCUAGCUCGGAGGAUGAAGUGGACGAGUCAUUGCUUAACGCUGGCCUAUUCAUGUAUCCUGUGCUACAAGCCGCCGACGUUCUUGUUUACAAAGCCACCCACGUCCCUGUUGGUGAUGAUCAACAGCAACAUAUAGAACUCACAAGAGAUCUUGCUGAUAUUUUCAACCGAACAUUCAAAGGAACGCCUCCCCUGUUCCCCCUUCCGACCUAUGUCAACACGCCCUCGAAGCGUAUUUUAUCGCUCAAAGAUCCAACAUCCAAGAUGUCGAAAUCUUCGCCUGAUGUCCAGUCCCGCAUCUUGCUCACCGAUACCGCCUCUCAGAUCCAAUCGAAAAUUCGGGCUGCUGUCACGGACUCUAUUCAAGGCAUCACUUACGAUCCUCAAGGCCGCCCGGGCACGUCGAACUUGCUUACUAUCCUCGCUGCCUGCACGGACCGCGAUGUCACGCAGGUCGCAAAAGCCUAUGAGAGCCAGGGUCACGGAACUUUAAAACGCGAUGUCGCAGAUGCCGUCGAAGAAUUCCUCAAAGGCCCCAGGGCGCAAUUCGAUCGCAUUCGUCUUGAAACGGCAUAUCUUGAUGAGGUAGCACGUCGCGGGGCUGCUCGGGCUAUCAAACACUCCGAGGUGACGAUGAUGGAAGUCAAAACACGGCUAGGUCUAGCAUCGCCUGUGGUGCAUUAACAAAUGUAAAUACAAUCAAGCCAAUGCAUUAUCUCGUGAUGACUUCAAGACAGAAUUCAUCGGCUCCUGAGUUUGUCAUUGCAUUUGUCAGUGAACCAGGCACCUUGGUCAAGUCCACGGAGAAUGCACUACUAGCCGCCGGCAGUGAAGGUGCUAAGUAUGAUCGGGCUCGAUCACAAAAGCAUUAAUCAAUCCCACCGCAACGAAGACAGUUGACAGUCAAAAAGAACUAUAUUACAAGCGCAAGCAAUAUAUCAUGGGGG